GCCUCGCCGUUUUUGCAGCGUUUGGCGACGCCUGCGCGCGGUGACCCGACGGCAGUGUGGCGCCAUGGCGUCGCCCUUCAGCGGGGCCGUGCAGCUGACGGACCUGGACGAUUUCAUCGCGCCGUCUCAGGACUGCAUCAAGCCCGUGAAGGUGGAUAAGAAGCUGGGAAGCAGCGGGGCCAAGAUCUACAUCGAAGAUGAUGGGAAUUACUUCCAAGUCAGUGCGGACGGAGGGACGAGGAAGCUGGAGAAGGCCAAGAUCUCACUGGAUGACUGCCUGGCGUGCAGCGGCUGUGUCACCUCGGCAGAGACCGUGCUCAUCACUCAGCAGAGCCACGAGGAGCUGCGGAAGGUUCUAGACGCCAAUAAGACAGCAGCGCCUGGUCAGCAGAGGCUGGUUGUCAUCUCAGUCUCACCCCAGUCCCAAGCGUCACUGGCUGUGAGGUUCCAGCUGAACCCCACAGACACUGCCAGGAAGCUCACUGCGUUCUUUAAAAGAAUAGGGGCACACUACGUGUUCGACACCGCCUUCUCGAGGAACUUCAGCCUCCUUGAGAGCCAGCGAGAGUUCGUGCGGCGAUUCCGAGGACAGGCCGGCUCCCAGCAGGCCCUGCCUGUGCUCACGUCCGCCUGCCCAGGCUGGAUCUGCUACGCCGAGAAGACCCACGGGCGCGCCCUCCUCCCACACAUCAGCACCGCCCGGUCCCCACAGCAGGUCAUGGGCGCCCUGGUCAAGGACUUCUUUGCGCAGCAGCAGCAUCUGACCCCCGAUAAGAUCUACCACGUGGCGGUGAUGCCCUGUCACGACAAGAAGCUGGAAGCCUCCAGACCCGACUUCUUCAGCCAGGAGCACCAGACACGCGACGUGGAUUGUGUCAUCACAACAGGAGAGGUCCUCAAGCUGCUGGAAGAAGAAGGGGUCUCGCUGUCCGCGCUGGAGCCUGCUGCCCUGGACAGUCUGUGCAGCACUGUGUCCGACCAGGAGCCCACCAGCCAUCGGGGCGGAGGCUCGGGGGGCUACCUGGAGCACGUGUUCCGCUAUGCGGCCCGGGAGCUCUUUGGAAUCCACGUCACUGAAGUCACCUACAGACCCCUGAGGAACAAGGACCUCCAGGAGGUGACUUUGGAGCGGGAGGGCCAGGUCCUGCUGCACUUUGCUGCAGCCUACGGCUUCCGCAACAUCCAGAACCUGGUGCAGAAGCUCAAGCGAGGGCGGUGCCCGUACCAUUACGUGGAGGUCAUGGCCUGCCCUGCUGGCUGCCUGAAUGGCGGAGGCCAGCUCAAGGCCCCCGACACACCUGGCAAGGAGCUGCUCCAGCAGGUGGAGAGGCUGUAUGCCAUGGUCAGGACACAGGCGCCGGAGGACGCACCCGGGGUCCAGGAGCUGUACAGGCGCUGGCUGCAGGGCGAGGGCUCAGAGCGGGCCAGCCAGCUGCUGCACACAAGCUACCACGCGGUGGAGAAGGCUGGCUCCAGCCUCAACAUCAAGUGGUGACACCCAGGAAGGCGCGUGGGGUCCAGGGGAGCCACACCCGUGGCCCCAGGACACACCGCAAGAUGCUGGCUGAGCUGCAGGAACACAGGGACCUGUGGAGAAAGGGGACUCCAGGCUCCUGGCCCGCAAAGACGACCAGCCUCCGCUCACCUGGUCUCCCUGCUAUAGGGCCCGGAGGUGCCACGGACUUCCAGAACCUCUCCGUGGGCCCAGAGCCAAGGCUGGUUCCCUGGCUCUUCCUGGUUGUGGCAGCUAAGCUAUAAGGGCUUCCACUAGACCUGUGGGGAACUUAAGGCAGAGCAAAAGGGGGUUCCUCAUCCCCCCCUUCUAGAGUCUGAAGCUGCUAUGUGACAGCAGUGACAGACCCAAGGUCAAGUUCACAGCAGAGCUGCAGAGGGCACUGGCCCAUGAGCCCACUGGGUGGGGGGGGGGCAUCUGCAUUUGGGGGGCUGAGUCCAGGUGGGAAGCAGGCUCUGCUGGGACCAGGCUUCAGGAGCCUGUCCACCAGGUCCUGUUCACGGCUGGAGCCCCACUUGUAGGGGCAGGGGGAGGGCAGGCGGGUUCCAGGCCUGUCCUGGGGGAGCUCACCUCCAGUAAAAGGACCCCUCAAGUGGC